AUGAAGAUCGCUUUGAACAAAGUUGCAUGGAUGCCUAAGACAAUUAUAUUCAUUUUCUCGAUUUCGGGAAUGAUUUAUAACAUUGUCAACACACCGUUAACUUACGGACAGAAAUCAGAUCCAGUGACUGGAAUCAUUCACCCAGUUCUAUUUCUCGCUAAAAGACCGAAUGGACAAUACAUGUUAGAAGGAAUGGUUGUUUCAUUACUCAUCAUGCUCGGUACUGCUGGACUCUAUCUGAUCGAAAAGGGCUUGUCUUCGCAAUCUCAAAAAGUGACUAACCACUCAAAGCUUCUCAUGUUUAUCGCGCUCCUAUUCGCCUGGGGCAGUCCGCUGGUUUUGAAUCACCUUAUCUCCUUCAAACUUGCAAACUACCUCAAUUAG